AUGUACAAUAUGGUUCAGUCACUUCCCACUGUGUCUGUAUCACCACUCCAUAAGGUUCUCCCCCCAAAUUCCAACACCAAAACUUGUGCCCCAGCAAUUUCAAAUACUCCAAGAGUUCCUGAAUUUAACUCCAUAUUUGAGCUCAACCAAGUGCUUGCCCAUGUCGUUAAAACUGGUACUCCAUUCUCAGUCCUCCCGCUUUCCCAUGUAGCUUCUCUUUGUGCUUUAACUCCUAGCUUCUCGGAUGCCCAGAAAAUCUUUAUGCAUGUUCAUCAACCUGAAAUUUUUCUUUGGAAUUCUUGCUUAAGAGAUUUUGCUGAGAGUGAUUCUCCAUUUAAUGCUAUUUUGUUGUUUCACCAACUGAGACUACACAAUGUCUCUCCUGAUAGUUUUACUUGCUCUUUUGUUCUCAAGGCCUGUCUGCAAAUUUUGGAUGUUUUUCAUGGAAGAAUUAUUCACGCUUAUAUUGAGAAACUUGGGCUUCAAUGUAAUUUAUUUUUGCAAAACAUGCUUGUGCAUUUAUAUGCAUCUUGUGGGAACAUAAAUGAUGCCAGGCAGUUGUUUGAUAAAAUGCUGCAACGAGAUGCUGUGACUUGGAAUAUAAUGAUCACCCAACUAGUGAAGAGGGGUGAUGUUGAAUCGGCUUAUGAAUUGUUUUCGCAAAUGCCUGAGAGGAAUGUGAGGCGUCCUGUUUCAGUGUUCUGUGCUGUAGAUCCCGAUGGGGGUCAGAAAAUUGUUGCAGAACCAUAG